AUGGCCUUUAUGCUGAAACCCUGGACCAUCUUGGUCGCCUUGGUGUUGUGCGUGCUGGUGUGUCUCGGGACUUUCGUGGACGCCUACCCACCUAAACCGGAGAACCCCGGAGAAGACGCGCCUCCUGAAGAGCUGGCCAAAUACUACACCGCGCUCAGACACUACAUCAAUCUCAUCACGAGACAGAGGUAAGCAGACCUUGCGCGCGCCAUAUGGCACUCUACGCAGCAGCUUUUGCCAUUUAAAUUAUCUUUCUUCCUAGUCCUAACAUCAAAGGACAUGUUUUCUAUUAAGUUAUAAACGGCAUACCUCGUUUUUUUAUGGCAAAUGGAACAGUUUUUCAUGUUUAUUCUGGUGUAGGUUAAGUAGUCUACUGUGACAGUGGCCCCUGAGUUUUCUGCUCUUAUUUUUGCAUCAAGCUCUUAAUAUACCAUGAUAUAUAUUUUCAACAUUUUAUUACAGGGCACUCUCAAAAAGCUUUUGGCCCUCCAUAUAAAUAAUGCCAUAGCAAUAAAACCUGUGAAGACAGACCCACGUGAAGUCUCCAAAUCGAAUUAUGGAUAUCUGUGUGCCUGCAGGUUCCCUAUAACAUAUUCUAUAUUAAUAUGGUGAUGUCUGGGUUGAAGAGGUGGUCUAUGUCUUAUGCUGAAAUGGCACUGAAUCAGGCACACCUGAUAUUAUUCAUGAUAUUCAAAUAGGCCAUUGAUCUUUAAGAAAAUAUAUCCAACCCUCUUACAUUCAACUUAGAGGGCAACAUUUUUACUCUUUUAUAAUCCAUUAUCAUAUAGCAUCCACAUUUAAGUUGUCAUAAUAUCACAAUGGCCUGGAUGACGACCAAUCAUAUACUGGAAAAGUGUAGAUGAGAACUUGAUAGUCCAAGAGGAUGACACUUAGUGGAGUUUGUUCUUCUUGUCUGUCAUAAUAACACAUUGGACUACAUUUAACAUUUUAGUCAUUUAGCAGACACUCUUUUCAAAGUGACUUACAGGUGCAAUUCGGGUUUAAGUGCCUUGCUCAAGUGCACAUUGGCAGAUGUUUCACCUAGUCGGCUUGGGGAUUCAAACCAGUGACCUUUCGGUUACUGGCCAAACACUCUUAACCUACCUGCCGCCAAAUAUGAAUGAUCAAUCGGAAAUGCUAAUUUGAACAUUAGAGAAGCUUUGCCUGCAGCAAGAACACUGAUUUUCCUGGAAUCAAAAAUAUAUAACAGUAAUAUUGGUCUGACAAUGAUGGUUCCCUUUUACAUUUUGUUACAACCCGCUGUCUAUGGAGCAGGUGUGAUUGCCUCGGUCGCUUUCUUAGAAGGCUGGCUGAUUAUGCUUACCUCCGCUUCACUGGCAUCGCUUUAGAGUGCCCAGUGGCGUUGAAUUGGAGCGUAAAAUUGCAUAGCCGUUAUGAAUGGCAGGUUAGGUGGCAUGAUGGGAAAGUGAACAUCUUCCACUCAAAAUGUUUUCCCCACAGAGGAAGCAAUUCCAGCCAAAUCCCUCAGAGAUAUUCAACUUCCAAUUUAAAUUUCAAAGAGAAAUUGAUCGUUUGUACAGACAUCAUCUGUGCAGGGAGUGCUCAUACACAAACAGACAAACACACCGGAAAGAAGAACAAUUCGAUUUUGCCUGAACAAUCCAAGCGUAGUUUCUCAGUCUAUUACCUACCUUACUACAGAGAACUACAUUAUCAUGCCAUUUAAAAACCUCAUUAUCUUUGGUAGUUGACCAAGAAAGGCCUCGAAUGCAUAUUUUCAGAGGAAAGGACCUCUGACUCACUAGGUUCUAAUUGGCCUUGUCUGGUGGCUCCAGUGUCUGUGGGAGUUUGUGGGCUGACAUGCUCAAGUUUCACACAUACACAUAAUUAUAUCUCCCCUCUCCCAUUACACACACCUCGGACAGCUACCUUGGCACCUUUAGACACAUUCAGACAGCAAACUGUUCUAGCUGUCAUUGAGAAGUGGGAUCAUCCUGCAGUAUGCUUAGAGGGGAGUGGAAGUUUGACAGUCUUUACUCUCUCUCUCUCUCUCUCUCUUUCUUCCUUCCUUUUUUCUAGGUAUGGCAAGAGGUCCACCCAGGAGGGAGUGAUGUCAGAGUUGCUGUUCGGCAACAACGCAGAGAGAGACCAGAGAUCAAGGUCAGUCCAUCAAAGAUAUCAAACAUUUCCAACACAAUUUCAACGGAAGAUGCAAAGACUGAUAUCUCUUUGUUUCUGGGGUUAUUUCAAUAUUGUAGCGUCAAAGAAUGGCUGCUUUAUCGGCUACAGCCACCUACUGUAUAGGAAAAGACUGGCAUGCACAACUUUUAGUAGGUGUGUCUUUGGGUAGCCCAGGAGUAAACCAAAUGUUCAUUUCCACAUGACUCAUUGUUCUCUCUCUCUCCCUCUCUUCCUCUCUCCCUCUUCCCUCUGUUCCCUCUCCAGAUAUGACGACUCCUACAUGUGGUGA